AGAGCAUCGGACAGACUCGAGUGCAGUCACAUGGACCCCUCUGGCCGCACGGGACCCUGCGCUAACUAACUGUGAGAGGCUUACAGGCAGCAACAGUGGGAGGGCCAGAGCACAACGCCUAGUGGCCGCAGCUAUUCACCCGAUCCCGGCGGAACGGAAGCCCAGUCAGUGCACGUGGCCGGGCGGGGAGGAGCGACCAGCGGAGCCGCCGGUAGCUGCAGUAUGGCGCCCCCGUCCCCGGUCGCCAACCCCCGAGUCUUCUUCGAUGUGGACAUCGGAGGCGAACGCGGUGGUUGGUCGAAUUGUCUUAGAAUUGUUUGCAGAUGUUGUGCCCAAAACUGCUGAAAAUUUCCGUGCACUAUGUACAGGAGAAAAAGGGAUAGGGCCUACCACUGGAAAGCCUCUUCAUUAUAAAGGAUGCCCUUUCCAUAGAAUUAUUAAGAAAUUCAUGAUCCAGGGUGGAGACUUCUCAAAUCAGAAUGGCACAGGUGGAGAAAGUAUAUAUGGAGAAAAAUUCGAAGAUGAAAACUUUCAUUAUAAGCAUGAUCAGGCAGGGCUGCUGAGCAUGGCAAAUGCAGGACCCAAUACAAAUGGCUCUCAGUUCUUUAUUACAACGGUGCCAACCCCUCACCUGGAUGGGAAACAUGUGGUGUUCGGCCGGGUGAUCAAAGGAAUGGGUGUUGCUAAAAUAUUAGAAAAUGUUGAAGUGAAUGGAGAAAAACCUGCACAGUUGUGCAUUAUUGCAGAAUGUGGAGAGCUGAAGGAAGGUGAUAACUGGGGAAUCUCCCCAAUGGAUGGCUCUGCAGAUACUCACCCAGAUUUCCCUGAAGAUUCAGAUGUAGAUUUAAAAGAUGUUGACAAGAUUGUGUCCAUAGCAGAAGACAUAAAGAAUAUAGGAAAUACUUUCUUCAAAUCACAGAACUGGGCAAUGGCAACUAAAAAGUACACUAAGGGCUUAAGGUAUGUGGAGGCUUCUAAAGCCAUAGCGGAGGAGUCAGAUACAGCAAAGUUGAAUCCUGCUGCCUUGACCUGCCUUUUAAAUAUUGCUGCUUGUAAACUGAAGGUGUCAGACUGGCAGGGAGCUAUUGAAAGUUGUUGUGAGGCACUUGCACUAGAUCCAGCAAACACCAAAGCACUUUACAGGCGGGCUCAAGGCUGGCAGGGAAUAAGAGAUUUUGAUCAGGCACUGGCUGAUCUGAAGAAGGCUCAAGAGAUAACACCUGAAGAUAAAGCUAUCCAAACUGAAGCACUCAAGGUGAAACAGAAGAUAAAGGCCCAAAAAGAAAAGGAAAAAGCAGCUUAUGCUAAAAUGUUUGCUUGAGUGAAGGUUUUUUCCUGUUAAAGUUUAUGCACUGAAUGACUGACUUGUACAGUAGGAGUGUUUACAGUGGUAUAUAGGACAGAGGUGGUAGAGGCAAGUGUUACUUCUGUUAUCUGCCCUAUACUACAAUCAAUUGAUUAUGUCCAAUAUUUACUAUUUAAACUGGAGUUUCAUAAUAAAGUUAGAAGUUAAAA